AUGAAAAAUGCACUGAAAGAAAAGAUAGAGGAGGGCUGGGAAGCCCGGCCUUCACUGCCCCCAGAUAAGCUGUUCGGGAAGCGGCUUCUGCAGGCGGGACGCUACCUGGUGUCCCACAAAGCCUGGAUGAAGACGGUGCCCACGGAGAACUGCGACGUGCUGAUGACCUUCCCAGACUCCACCGACGACCACACGCUGCUCUGGCUGCUGAACCACAUCCGCGUGGGCAUCCCCGAGCUCAUCGUGCAAGUCCGCCACCACCGCCACACGCGUGCCUACGCCUUCUUCGUCACCGCCACCUACGAGAGCCUGCUCCGAGGCGCGGACGAGCUGGGCCUGCGCAAGGCCGUCAAGGCCGAGUUCGGCGGAGGCACGCGGGGCUUCUCCUGCGACGAGGACUUCAUUUAUGAGAAUGUGGAGAGUGAGCUGCGCUUCUUCACCUCCCAGGAACGCCAGAGCAUCAUCCGCUUCUGGCUGCAGAACCUGCGAGCCAAGCAAGGCGAGGCGUUGCACAACGUGCGCUUCCUGGAGGACCAGCCAAUCAUCCCGGAGCUGGCUGCCCGUGGGAUCAUCCAGCAGGUCUUCCCUGUCCAUGAGCAGCGCAUCCUCAACCGCCUCAUGAAGUCAUGGGUGCAGGCUGUGUGUGAAAACCAGCCUUUAGAUGAUAUCUGUGAUUACUUUGGUGUGAAGAUUGCCAUGUAUUUUGCGUGGCUGGGCUUCUACACUUCAGCAAUGGUGUACCCGGCGGUCUUUGGCUCUGUCUUGUACACGUUUACAGAGGCCGACCAGACAAGCCGGGAUGUGUCCUGUGUGGUCUUUGCUCUCUUCAACGUGAUCUGGUCAACACUGUUCUUGGAGGAGUGGAAACGGAGGGGGGCGGAGCUGGCCUACAAGUGGGGGACGCUAGACUCGCCUGGAGAAGCUGUGGAGGAGCCUCGUCCCCAGUUCAGGGGUGUGCGCCGCAUCAGCCCCGUGACGCGGGCAGAGGAGUUCUACUACCCACCCUGGAAGCGGCUGCUCUUCCAGCUGCUCGUGAGCCUACCCUUGUGCCUGGCCUGCCUGGCCUGCGUCUUCCUGCUCAUGCUAGGAUGCUUCCAGCUGCAGGAGCUGGUGCUGAGCAUGAAGGGGCUGCCCCGCCUUGCCCGAUUCCUGCCCAAGGUCGUGUUGGCCCUGCUGGUCAGUGUGAGUGCCGAGGGUUAUAAGAAGCUGGCCAUCUGGCUCAACGACAUGGAGAAUUACCGGCUAGAGAGCGCCUACGAGAAGCAUCUCAUCAUCAAGGUUGUCCUGUUCCAGUUUGUCAACUCCUACCUGAGCCUCUUCUACAUUGGCUUCUACCUCAAGGACAUGGAGCGCCUGAAAGAGAUGCUGGCCACACUGCUGAUCACCCGCCAGUUCCUCCAGAACGUGCGUGAGGUUCUGCAGCCGCACCUCUACCGCCGGCUGGGCUGUGGCGAGCUGGGACUCAGGGCUGUCUGGGAGCUCCUCCGAGCCGUGCUUGGCCUCCUGAGCCUCCGGCGCCCAGCACACCACCGCCUGGAGCCCCAAGCCGAAGAGGGCGGUGGCGGGGGCCGCAGGUGUCUCAGCGGGGGCUGUGGGGCGCCGGAGGAGGAGGAAGAGGCAGUCAUAGAGCGGAGGCCAGUGGGAGAGGGUGGGGAGGCCAGGGAUGGGCCUGGAGGUGGCAAGGAAGAGGAGGAGGAGGACGACGAAGAGGAAGAGGAGGAGGAGGAUGAAGACGAGGGUGAGGAAGGGGGCCUCCUAGACUGCGGACUCCGGCUGAAGAAGGUCAGCUUUGCUGAGCGUGGGGCUGGCCGCCAUCGGCCUGGCCCAAGCCCAGAAGCCCUGGAGGAGGGGAGCCCCACCAUGGUGGAGAAGGGGCUGGAGCCAGGGGUGUUUACACUGGCAGAGGAAGACGACGAGACGGAGGGGCCUCCUGGCAGCCCUGACCGAGAUCCCCCGACCAUCCUGCUUCGCCGGGCUGGGGGCGAGGGCCGGGAUCAGGGACCAGACGGGGGCCCAGACCUGGAGCCUGGCUCUGGGGACUCUGCCGGGAGGCCCAGGAAGCAGAACCGGUCUUCAUGGAUUGACCCUCCCGAAGAAGAGCACUCACCCCAGCUCACCCAGGCCGAGCUGGAGAGCUGCAUGAGGAAGUACGAGGACACAUUUCAGGACUACCAGGAGAUGUUUGUGCAGUUUGGCUACGUCGUGCUCUUCUCCUCAGCCUUCCCGCUGGCUGCGCUCUGCGCCCUGGUUAACAACCUCAUUGAGAUCCGAAGCGAUGCCUUCAAGCUCUGCACAGGCCUGCAGCGGCCCUUCGGCCAGCGGGUGGAGAGCAUCGGCCAGUGGCAGAAGGUGAUGGAGGCCAUGGGCGUGCUGGCCAUCGUGGUGAACUGCUACCUCAUCGGCCAGUGCGGUCAGCUGCAGCGCCUCUUCCCCUGGCUGAGCCCGGAGGCAGCCAUUGUGUCCGUGGUGGUGCUCGAGCACUUCGCUCUGCUCCUCAAGUACCUCAUCCACGUGGCUAUCCCCGACAUCCCAGGCUGGGUGGCUGAAGAGAUGGCCAAGCUUGAAUACCAGCGGCGGGAGGCCUUCAAGGUACGGAGCCAGCCGACUAGCGAGCUCUCACUUGGCUAGCGGGGCCUGGUCCCAGACACGGGUGAUCGGAUCCCUGGUGGGAGGGGAACCAUGGGCAGCACUGAGCAUGGCAGCCAUGGGCUCAGUAUCCAAGAGAUCAACUAACCGCAGACUGAACGCAUUCAAAACAAACCACUUCUGUUCUGAGCAUGCACAAAAUUUACUUAUUCAUUCCUGCUGCUAGGGAGGGAGCUCAGGGUCUCCAGCGGGGUAAGAAAGCCAUCGCUCGAGCCACACGCCAGCCCUUUCAGUCUUUGUGUUUUGUUUCUGAGAUAGAGUCUUCCUAAUGCUGCCCAGGUGGGCUUUAAACUUGUGCUCCCCUGCUUCCACCUCCGGAGUAGCUGGGCUUAGAAAUGUGUGGCAUCACACCAGGGUUUGAGCUGAGAGCCUGUGCUUCUCAGCUAGCAUCAUACCAUUUGAGCCAUGCCUACACUCUGACUUUUUGUUGGUUAUUUUGGAGAUG